GAAAUCUUCUCUGAAUAGGUAGUAAAUAAUGAUCGAUUGAUUGGAUUGGUUUCUCGGAGAGCGUCCCAAGAUAAUGACUGAAUAGAUCAUUUCAUAUUCAUUGGUUGUCAUAUCCAAAUUAUAUAACCAUGACUCACAAAAUGGCUGGUGGAAUGACAAUGAUGGUAGAGAAACCACCUGUUCAUGGUCAUCUUGGUCCAGGCAACUUUACCAUUUCACAAGAAGAUGCUCUCACAAAUCCAGCAAUGUGUAGUGUCUUCCAGAAGCAUUAUGUUUCUCACCCAGAAUUCAGCAGAAGCCAGCCAGCCAAGCCUCCAGUUCUGGGUCCAGUUAUGCAUAAAGAUAAGAACUAUUUUAAUGAGUUAUUAUCAGAAACCUACAAUUCCUAUGAGUACAGACCUGGUGAGAAAAUGGUGUUAGAAGAUGUUCAUACUAAACUCAGUGCAACCAAUUUUAAAAUGGACAGAGAUCUGAGUAAAUUUAAUUCCUUUAAUACCACCAGUGGUUACUACUUUGUUCCCAAAAUAACCACAGAUUUUGAAAGAGCAAAGCCAAUUUUUGAUCUGGAAUCCCAUGUGCCUAAUGGUGAUCCUGGAAAAGCACCUGCCCCUGUUUCUGAUUAUCGAGAGAAAUUUGAGGGUCAUGAUACAUCAGUUGUUAAGGUUCAUAAAGCACCUGCCAUGCACGAAGGAGGACCACCAACUAUAAAGGGUGAUCCAAAGUAUGAUGAUUUUAAAACUUCACACAGUCUGCAGUUUCCUUAUAAAUGGCAGAAAAGACUGGCUUCUGUUUAUCCUGCAACAGGUACUAGUGUGCCUAAUGGUGAUACAGAAAAGAUAGUAUUGAGAGAUACAACCAUGAGCACAUCUUUUCCCCCUGUUAAAGGAGCAGAGAAUUAUGCCUCAUAUAAUCACCAAGAUGUAAGCCAUAUUUUACGUCAAACCAACUUUAAACAGUCAGAUGGUAGAAAUACAUGGAAUGACUAUAAGAGUACAGCUAAUAGUGAUUAUCAAAACAAAGGAAGCAUUAAAUUCCAGAGAGCAGCACCAAGUUUCCAUAGAAACCAUAGUGAUUUUCCCCCUGGUGACAGAGAGAAUGACACAGAAAGAGUCAAUAUGACUACCAGUAAAUAUCAUCAUGGCAACCCUGCACUAGGACUCCACAAUACAAUAAGACAUGGAGCAGAUGUACUGACUAAAAGUAAUGUUUUAUUUGGUGAACCAAGAGUUAGAAAUCCUAUGAUGUAUUACUCAACUACUAAUACUGAUGAAUUUCUACCAAAAUCAGCACCGUACACAUACUUCAAAUCAAAAUAUUAUACUAACUCAUCGGUACCAAUUAAAUACUACAAAAACGAAGUAGCAAAUACUACCUCUCAAACAGAUUAUAAUACACCAUGUUUGGUUGACAGCAAUGGUAUAGAUUUAGAAGCCAUCGAGAAGUUAAAAAGAAGUAAUUUUUUCCCUCCAUGGAAAGGAGAGACCUGCUUCAAUACAACACAUCAAGAUAUGUUUACCCCUAAACCAAUGGAAAAAUAUGUCAUAGACUCAGGCAAGAUGCAGAAAAGUUCUGUACCUUUAGGAACUUUGUCAAUAUCAACUCAGAAAUAGAAAAAAAACAGUAACUUUGAACUGAAAGAGCAUAUCACUCUGACAUGGUUUUAUGGAGUAACACUAUACAAGAGGAUAUGAAUUGGUUUUUUGACAAUUAGCAUAUAUGUAUUCAUAAUAUGAAUGCAUUUUUGUAACAUUUAUAACAUGAUUUUGUUGAAUAAUUAAUGCAUUCCUCUGUGAUAUUUCUUGUUUAUUUAUGUAAAAAUGUAUGUGUGUGUUAUUUUGGAUUAUUCUAAGAAGUCAUGUAUGAUUAUCUAUUUGCUAUAUAAGAACAUGACAGGAUUGAUAUUGCUAAUCUUUGAAACUUGCAACUAGUUUUUGAGGAAAAAUUAUGAAGUUUCCUGACAAUUAUAAUGCCAUCUCUCCUUUGUCAUUUAAGAGAGGUAUAGUAAAAACUCUAUGUACUCACCUUGCAAGUUUGGCAUUCUGUUCUUCUGCAAUUAAAAUUAAAAAUUAUUACUUUUAUCCUAAUGAAUUAUGCAAGUUUGAUUAAAUAUUACUAUCACUUUUCAUUUGGAGAAUGUCAAUAAUGCUAAUGAAGACCAAAUGUGACCAGUGUCACUGAUGUAUUUUUCCCUUUAAAGAGGAACAAUAUGUAUUCCUAUUCAAAAAGAUAUUGUUGGCUCUUUCACCUAUUAAAGCGAGCUGUUUUAUAGUAUUAUACAGAGUCAGUAUUAUUGUGUGAUCUAUAUUUUAUAAAUAUUUUGAAUUUUGUUGUGAAGAUAUAUUAUGUUUUUAUAACAUAUAUUUCUUUCAUAGUUUGCAACAGCAUAUUAUGAAUCUCUUUUAUUAAACAGCAAUGUUUUUACCUAC